AUGUUAUGUGAAGUUUAUGGUGAAGAAUUUUUAUCAAGAGCUCGCGUUUUUGAAUGGCACAAAUGGAUUUGUAGUAGAAGAGAGGACGUCGUAGACGAUGGUCGUUCUGGACGUCCUACCUCGUCUUCAAAAAUAGAAAACGUUGAAGAAAUCGACAAAAUUAUUCGGCAAGAUCGUCGAUUAAGUGUUAGAGGUGUAGCAGAGAUGGUAAAUAUUGAUAGAAAAAGUGUUCAUAAAAUUUUAGUUGAAAAUUUAAAAAUGAAAAAAGUGUGUGCUAAAAUGGUUCCUAAAAAUUUGACGAUUAAUUAA